AUGGCUUGUCCUACUCAACCUCACAUCAAUUGGGAUAACAAGGUUCAGCCGCUGGUUCGGUCUCCCCUUCCUACACCUUCCGUUCCUGUCCUUAACAAGAGCCUAGCUGCUAUAGUUCAAGAUGCUUCUCGUCACCCUUGGGGCCUAGUUGAUCACCACCUAUAUCUCGCAGCCAUUGAACGUGGUAGAGAUUGCUCAACCCGACUUGGUAGCUGCAUGCUUCAGGAGGGCGAGCGAUUCCGUGAAGUUUGCCUCGAUGAACUCCUUGAUAUUAAUACUUCCUCAGCUGGAUUUUCGACAGAUCACCACCUGAUUACUUUUAUGAAUAUGCCUAUUCUGCCUUUAUCUACUUUGGCCCCAUUGACUGAGGAGAAACUUGUCCUGGGAUUUGAUGUCGAGCGACAACAUCUCCUGGGUUAUUUCUUCAAAUCUGCCCCCGACGAUCUUACUGACCUAUGCUAUGUAUGGCACGAAGGCGAGCUAAUUAUUGACAUCCACAUUGACCGUUUCUUGGAAAUGUACCAGUAUACCGUGAAGAACCAUCUGGAGAUCUGCGGAGUCGGCAUUUCCUCCACGACUUUGUUGAUCUACUGCGGGGGGGGCAUCAAGGAUAAAAUCCGAAAGGAAUACGGUGAUUCGGAAGAAUAUCUCCGCACUCUGCUAUCCAAGGCCUCAUAUGAAUCCUGGUUUGCUGUGCGUGACGGACUAACACUUCAACAGUACCGACAACAGAAGAUGGACAAGGUGAGCCAGCUGGCCUCGUGUGAUUUGCUAUUUGACCGGGCCUCUCCUGUGCCAAGCAACUCGUCCACUCCGCCACUUCAGUCGAGCUCGACUCCUCCUAGCCCUGUGAUUCCGCAGGGAAAUGCCAAAUCGGAGCAACUUAGGGAGCUACAGACACAGAUGUGCCAGGUUUUCUUUGCAUUGGUGUACUUCUAUGCGCUGGUCGCCAAUUAA